GGUCUCUUCUCUUUUGCACCGGCAUUCCUCUUGUCCUCUACCGUAACAGCUGUUUGUUUUAAUCUAUACUUUACACCUUUCCUGUCGGUUUCUCCUGUCACUCGGGGAUCAGCAGGGCACAGUGUGCAGUCUUUACGCAUGAUUGAUGUGCGAGGAGACGCCUACAUGCGCAUCCCUUGGACUCCCCUCAGUGAUGGUCGGGAGCUCUCUUCAUAGGCCCUGCUAUCUCUGUCUUAUCACUGGAAAAGCGUUAGUGUUUCAUGUUUAAAUGUUCCGGUGAAAUGUGAAUUUGGACCACGGAGGGAUUCUCAGCGAUAAGGCCAAGACUUUUGAAAGAUGAAGAUUUGGAGCACGGAACAUGUUUUCAGUUACCCCUGGGAGACGGUGAUCAAGGCUGCCAUGAGGAAGUACCCAAACCCCAUGAACCCUAACGUGGUGGGGGUGGAUGUCCUGGACCGCAGUCUGGACGCAGAGGGACGCCUGCACAGCCACAGACUGCUCAGCACAGAGUGGGGCCUGCCGGGCAUUGUGCGAGCGAUACUGGGAACCAACCACACGCAGACGUACGUGCAGGAACACUCCAUAGUGGACCCAGAGAAGAAGAAGAUGGAGCUGUGCUCAACAAAUAUUACUCUCACCAACCUGAUUUCAGUGGAUGAGAGGCUUCUUUACAGACCGCACCCAGACAACCCUGACGUUACCAUCCUGACCCAGGAGGCCAUCAUCACAGUCAAGGGACUAAGUCUAGGCAGUUACCUAGAGGGGAUGAUGGCAAUGAGAAUGUCAGCUAAUGCCAUAAAGGGUUGUGAUGCUAUUGAGUGGAUUAUUAAGAACUCUGAAAGAGAGAACGUGCCUCUCUGUGACAUUUACUAACUCUGGACAGCAGCUCUGCAGUGCCGAGUACUUUCCCCGCUACACCUCAUAGAGCAGGGGAUUCUCAGUGCGUCAGGACCCUCUGGAGUUGGUACACAUGCAGUGGGAGCUCAGACAGACGGUGUAAUGCUGCCAAAGAGGAAUGUUUUUUAGAGCUGGAAUCAAGGGUCAAAUUCCAGCAGGCGUGGCACAAUGAAAACUCAAAACCAUCAACUGCUAUUCAAAUCAAGGCGAGGAGAACAGGAACAUUUUCUUUACUGCUGAAAAAACGGAAGGUUUAAAAUUCAAGGGCCUCUCAGACUUUUAUUGGUUAGAAUAUAAUAUUCCGACCACAUUCUUUUAGCUCUUAUGUCAUAUCUUCAUCAUAUUUUAGAAGAGAUACACUUGUUUUAGAAAACAAGUAAUGGUGCACUGACAAUAUGCAAAAAUGUAAUUUGAAUCGAUGUUCUUCUGUAUGUCCAACACUGGCGACAACUGCUGGAAUUCAAAUCUGAGAGCUAUUUAUGUGUUCCAUGAGGCAAACACUGUAGAUGAUAUGUUUGCAUGAUAGUUGUAUUAAAAGAGGAGAUUGUGUAUUAAAGAUAGAUUGAUAUUAGCUAGGUAGCAAGCUUUACAUUUGAUAAUGCAGAUCAGAAAUGAUGGGGAAAAUAUGGGAAUGUAUUAUUAACAUUGCCUUCUUUAUCUGCUAUCAAAGCAACAAUACAAGGGCACCUUUUUGUUGUAAACAUUCUGGGCAAAAUGCCUCAAACCAGCAGAUUUGAUUGAGGAACAUGACAUGUUCAGCUUUAUAGUUUUUCCAGCCGUCUCUUUUAUGCCUUAGCAAGUCGGACACGCUUCCAAAUGUUGACUUUCUCUAUAAAAAGCUACCUACCUACACUCCCUCUAAGGAUCAGUACUGUAUGUGCAACACUGCUGGAAACACACACUAUUACAAAUGUCUUUUGUGCUAAAACAUAUUUCUUUGUAAUAUAAAAAUAACUACAUAAUAUUUGUAUACAUAUUAUUUAUCGAAAACGACAUGUAACAAGCAGUGAAUUGUUAUAUUGUUGGUACUGUCGUACAAAACGGUUUAAUUUGCUUUUUAUAUUUUUGUUUUAACUUCAACUGUUGUCCUGCUGAAACAAUUGUUUAAAAAAAUGAUAUGCUUUUUGUGUUGCUUUAAAGACAAUGGAGAGGUCCGCUUGUAUUUGAAGGUACUUAGUAAAUAAGUCACAUUUCUUUUAUAAGUUUAUUUAAUUACCAAGAUCUUUUUUGUACUACUUUGCAGUUUAUCAUGUGUCCAAUAGAGGGCACAAUCUAGCGUUCAGCAACAGGCAACACCACAGACCUCUAUACAAAAGCUAGUGUGCAUUUUAAAUCUGGAUACGAAUUGUCCAGCAAAAUACUUUAGUGUUGGCUCAGAAAUAUCAUGUUAAGAUGUGAAAUGGAGGCAAUGGCACAAGUUAGAUUAUUUUUCUUCUUUUAUUUAUUCAACAGAACAUAAAGAGAAUGCAUUGCAUAGCAUGUACAUUAUUCCUCACUGCCUGCACAGUAAUAGAGGAAAGUCUGGGUAAAACAAUUGCACCUUCAUCCUAAUAUUUCAGUUCCUUGUAAGAAUCUCAAUAAAUAAGUUAACAAUCAGCUGAGUGUUUAAAAAAAACAUGCGCGACUACAGAAAAAUAAGUUGCUUCAGACAGCCAAUGUAAAAGACUUCUGUAAAUGAGACAUUAGCUGCUGAUGAUUAAAACAAAAGAAAGCAUCAGGAUGGGAAAGCAUUGCCAACAAGAAGAUAGAUGUACCUGUUUCAAGUUUCAUGAUAAGACACACGCCAUCGUUAUACUGACUACGGUUACAAUCUUGGGUAAUACUGUACUCAAGAGCUGUUGCUAUAGCAGUCACAUGAGAAAAUGAACACACAAUUUAAAAAAAAAACAGUCAUAUCAAAUCUUUAUAAAAGUGAAAAACAACUAAAGUUAAAUAGAAAAUGUGGUGCGAUCAAUAAAGGACUCCCAUGCUUAAUAUCUCUUACUGCAGCAACUCAAGAUUUACUGUACGUCUCUACAUCCCAGUGCCUGAAAGAACAAUAUUGCAAACUUCCUCAAACGCAUUGCAUCUUACCAUGUAAGCAGGACACAUUUCAAAACAGGUUUGAAUAAUCUUACUUCCUGUGUUC